AUGGACUUGAGAGUAGGAAAUAAAUAUCGGAUAGGAAGGAAGAUCGGUUCAGGUUCUUUUGGGGAUAUUUAUCUCGGCACAAAUAUUAUCAAUGGUGAAGAGGUAGCCAUUAAACUAGAAUCUACAAAAGCUAAACAUCCACAAUUGGAAUAUGAGGCAAAAGUAUAUAAAACACUUGCCGGUGGUGUGGGAAUUCCAUUUGUUCGCUGGUAUGGCACUGAGUGUGAUUAUAACGCAAUGGUAAUCGAUUUAUUGGGUCCAUCCUUGGAGGAUUUGUUCAAUUUUUGUAAUCGUAAAUUUUCGCUAAAGACAGUGCUGUUAUUAGCUGAUCAAUUGAUCUCUCGAAUCGAAUAUAUUCAUUCUAAAAAUUUUAUUCAUCGAGAUAUCAAACCCGAUAACUUUUUAAUGGGUAUUGGUAAACGUGGUAAUCAAGUUAAUGUAAUUGAUUUUGGUUUAGCCAAAAAAUAUCGCGAUCCAAAAACACAUUUACAUAUCCCUUAUAGAGAAAAUAAGAAUUUGACAGGUACAGCUCGAUAUGCUAGCAUCAAUACUCAUUUGGGAGUCGAACAAUCCCGUCGUGAUGAUCUUGAAUCACUGGGAUAUGUAAUGAUGUAUUUUUGUCGCGGAUCUCUUCCAUGGCAAGGUCUUAAAGCUGCAACAAAGAAGCAAAAAUAUGAUCGUAUAAUGGAAAAGAAAAUGACCACGCCUACAGAACUUCUCUGUCGCACAUUUCCCAAUGAAUUUGCUAUUUAUUUGAACUACACACGAUCUCUUCGAUUUGACGAUAAACCUGAUUAUAGUUAUCUAAGAAAAUUAUUUAGAGAUUUGUUUGUUCGUGAAGGAUUUCAAUAUGAUUACGUUUUUGAUUGGACAAUUUUUAAAUAUGUAAAUCUUCUAAUAUCUAAUUAUCUAGUAAAAAAAAUGUAA